CCCGCGGUGGUACGUGCGGGGCGAGGCGAGACGGGGCGGAGGCCGCGGAGCUGUCGGUUGCCUGCUGCCGCUGUCGCCGCUUCGCCGUCGCCAUGGCGCUGUGCGGCCGCUCCGCGCUCCUGCCGCCGGCUCAGCGCCCCUCGCCGCGCCGCCCCCGCGCCGCCGAGGCCUUCGUCAGCUGCAGCCGCCUGCGAAACAUUCAGAGCAUCCUGACACAGAGCAGCAAAUCUCAGCCUGAUGGAAUCCUUUGCAUUCUAGGAAUCGACAGUCGGUACAAUGAAGGGUGCAGGGAGCUGGCCAACUAUCUGCUCUUCGGCUUGUACAACCAGAGCAACCACGACUUGGAAAGAACUGGCUUCCCUGAAGAAGUUCUUGAUGAUAUAAUCAUCUUGAUAAAGCCUGACAGUGUCCAUCUGUACUGCAACCCUGUGAAUUACAAGCACCUUCUGCCCUACGUGGCGUUCUGGAGGAACUUGCAUUUCCACUGCCUGACUGAAAAUGAGUACGAAGAUGAGGAAGCAGCAGAGGAGUUCAAGAUUUCCAGCUUCGUAGACAUGGUGCGAGACUGCAGCCGCAUUGGCAUCCCCUACAGCUGCCAAGGUCACCUCCAGAUAUUUGAUAUGUUCAUUGUGGAGAAGUGGCCAAUAGUGCAGGCUUUUGCCCUGGAGGGAAUUGGGGGUGAUGGCUUCUUUACAAUGAAGUAUGAAUUAAUGGACGUCAGUGUGGAUUUGUGGAAGACAUACAGCAAAAUGGACCCUGUUUCCCUGGAGGACUUGCUCUUUGAGAAUUUAAGGCUUUUUGAACACCAAUGGACCAACUUCUUUGCUAACUUCGAUACUGAAAUUCCCUUCAUUCUGGAGCUCUCAGAAUCUCAGGCGGGGGAGCCUUUCAGGAGUUACUUCAGUCAUGGGAUGAUCUCAAGCCAUAUCACAGAUAACAGCCCUAGCCGGCAGCCCUUUGUUCUGUUUGGGAGCCACUCAACUAAGGAGAACUUGAACUCUGGGAACUUCAACUUUCCAUCAGAAGGACAUCUUGUCCGAAACACUGGCCUUGGUGGGAGCACUGCUAAGCAUAUGGUUGUGCAGUGUGUGUCUCCAAAGGGACCUCUGGCUUGUUCAAGGACCUAUUUCUUUGGAGCCACUCAUGUUCCUUUCCUGGGAAAUGACAACGAGGUGCACAAGCAAGCUGAACCAGUUACGCUGUUGUCGCAAAUAUAUACUGCUGUUGUAGAGGCUGUGCUUGCUGGCAUUGAGUGCUAUGCUAAAACUUCCACUGAAUCCAAGGCAAAGGAGGUGGCAGAGCAGACACUCCUGUCUGUGUUGGAUACCCUUUGUUUAACACAGCUGAAAACUGCAUUACGCUCCAAAAUGGCUUUUCAGAUUCAGGCUGUGAAUAACCAUGGAAGAAUUAUUCCCUUAGAUAAUGAAGACAGCCUGAGUUUGAUUAAAACAGCAUCUAUGAUGGUAUUUGACAUUCCAGACUUGCUCACGGGAAGAGGAUCCCUGGGAUCUGUUGUCUUUUCAGAAUCAUUUCUAACAUCCCAGAUACAAGUAAAAGAAAAAGAUGGCAGCAUCAGUCCAGAAACCAGCCACAUCAUCCUGACUGCAGCUAUCCCAAGAUAUGCUUCUUGGCUGGUUGAAGAUAGUGAUGUGAAACUGUCUGAGAAAGCACAGCAGAUACUGAAGGAAGACAAAUCUUUUCUGGGCACUUUACUCACUGGAGGUGAUGGAGCAUAUAUUUGUUCCAGCAAUCCCCAGGCCAUGCCUGCAGAAGGCAAAUUGUACUUCUUCUCAGAUGGCAUUCUCUUUUCUGAUCCCCACCAUGGCAGCAUUUCCAUGUCAAAGAACCACAUGAGUUCCAUUUGUCUUUAUGAUGGGGAUUCAACCAGUGUUGUUGCUGCUCUCUUCAUAGACUUUAAGAGUUCCUUGCUUGCUCACCUCCCCAUUGAGUUCCAUGCCCGAGAGAACUUUUUGAUGAUUGCACUUUUCCCCAGAACAAAGAUUUAUAAAGCUUUUUAUUCCCAGGUUUAUUCUUCGUGGCAAAACCAGAUCAACUCAGGAGUAUCUCUGAGGGAUGUCCAGGAAGAAUUCCUCUCUGCGGAACAAAAGAGACUGCAUUCCAGUGUUCAGAAGCUAUUUACUGCCCUAUCUUUUCCUUCUGGGGAAAGACACAGGGAACUGAAAAUAUCUGCUGCCCUUCCAGAAUUAGAGAGGUUUGUGCAGCACUUUACAGUCAGCAGCGUCAGUCACCAGCCAGUAAUGAGGGCACAUCUUCCUAUUUUGCUGCAACAGUCAGACAUCAUUUCUGAGACCAAGGCAGAAAGUGAGAAGGUGGUUGUCACCAUCAUAACUGGGCUGCCAGGAUGCCGCUGCAGUGACCUCUGCGCUUUUCUCGUCACCUUUAACAAGGAGCAUGGCAGGUGGCUGGUUUACAGACAAACUAUGGACAGUCCUGAAUGUUUCAGUGCAACUCACUUCCAGCGCUACCUCUCCAGUGUCUUGGAGGCCCAGCAAAGCCACAGCCUCCGUCUGUCUGCAUAUGCUAAGAAGAAAAAGCGUCUCUUGGUGGUCUUGCAAGGGUACACUGAUGUGAUUGAUGUGGUACAGGCCCUGCAAACUCAUCCUGACCCAGAUGUGAAGUCUUCUUUCAUCAUUGGAGCAGUUAAUACUUGUGUAGAGCCACUGAGCUGCUAUAUGGAACACAGGCUGCUGUUCCCCAAGUUCUUGGACCAGUGUUCGCAAGGCCUGGUGAGCAACGUGGUGUUCACAAGCCAUGCCACCGAGCAGAGACAUCCACUGCUGGUGCAACUGCAGAGCCUCAUCCGAGCGGCAAACCCUUCUGUCUCCUUCGUCUUGGCAGAGAAUGGAGUUGUGACCAGGAAUGAGGAUAUCGAAUUAAUCCUCUCGGAAAGCAGCUUUUCCAGCCCUCAGAUGAUGAGAGCUCGCUAUUUACUGUACCCUGGCUGGUAUGAAGGCAAAUAUGGAGCUGGCUCUGUCUUCCCUCCCAUGGUUCAGAUCUGUGUCUGGUUUAACCGUCCGCUGGAAAAAACACGAUUCGUCACCAAGUGUAAAGCAAUUAAGUCAUUGCUCAAGCCAAGUCCUUUUUCUGGAAACAUCUAUCACAUCAUGGGCAAAGUGAAGUUCUCAGAUUCUGAUAAAGUGAUUGAAGUCUGUCACAACACAUCAUCUAAUUCUCUCAGCCUUGUGCCUGUUCAGGAGGGGCCAACUCCCCCUGAUUCGAGAAGUGAUAACAGAGAUUGCAGCAGCCAGCAGGAGUUUUUCCUUGUGUUCAUUGGCUGCUCUCUUAAGGAAGAGGAUAUCAAAGAUUGGCUCAGAGAAACUGCAAAACAGAAACCUCAGAGGAAAGCCCUGAAGACCAGAGGAAUGCUAACCCUUCAGGAAAUAAAAAACAUUCAUGUGAAGCGCCACUUGGAUCCCCUUCCAGCUGGUUACUUCUACAACGGGACCCAGUUUGUCAAUUUCUUUGGUGACAAAAUGGAUUACCACCCAUUAAUGGACCAAUUCAUGAACGAUUACUUGGAGGAGGCCAACAGGGAGAUAGAGAAGUACAACAGAGAGCUAGAAGAGCAGGAGUAUCAUGAUCUCUUUGAGCAGAAGACAUAAGCACAUGCAUUCUCUAUAUUUCUGAACCACCUGUUGUCAGUAACCAAAAAUGCUGUUGUCCUUGCUGGUUAACUAGAGAACUAAGUGAACUGUCAGUUUUCAGCACUCCUUCUCAAACUAAGAGAUCAUUCCUGUAAGGUUGGCAUUUUAACAUGGUAACUGCUUAGCUGUUUGUUCUGUCAGGUUUGCUUCCACUUCACCUUAAUUCCAGACUGUAAAAAGCAUCACCUGGAAUCUCUGGCUAGUAGUGGAAACUUAUUUAAAAGAAGAAGAAGAAGAAAAGAAGCAAAAUUGUACUUCUUAGUAGGUCAGAAUGUAAUAUGGAAUUGGUCUGUCGUGCAGAUAUCAAACACUUCCGUCUCUGGGUGUCCCUUGAAAGUUGUUGCACAGAAGCUUUGAUGAGCAGUGGGGUCCUUAGUUCAGAGUGUGUGGGAUUAGGGGGUGUUCCCAAAGCGAGAAAUGGGGGAACACUUCAACAGCUCAGAAUCUGAGUACCCAAAUCCCACAGCUGUGAGAGCGUUCCCAAAGCGAGAGAUGGGGGAACCAUUACAUAAUUCAGAAGAGUGCAGAGCCCCACUGCUGUGAGGGUAUUCCCAGAGGGAGAAAGAGGGGGGGAAAUAGCAUUCAGAAGAGUACCUGAUCCUGCAGCUUGUGAGGGUGUUCCCAAAGCGAGAGAUGGGGGAACAAUAAAACAACUCACAAGAGUACCUGAUCCUACUGCUGUGGAGUGUUCCCAAAGCAAGGAAUUGGGGAGCAGUUAGCUCAGAAGAGUACUUGAUCCUACUGCUGUGAGAGUGUUCCCAAAGCAAGGAAUUGGGGAGCAGUUAGCUCAGAAGAGUACUUGAUCCUACUGCUGUGAGAGUGUUCCCAAAGCGAGAAAUGGGGGAACCAUAAAGGAACUCUGAGUACUUUAUGCCACUGCUCUUGGAAUGUUCCCAAAGCGAGAAAUGGGGGAACAAUUCAAAACCAAGGAAGGCUACCUAAUCCCACAGCUGUUGGGGUGUUCCCAAAGCAAGAAAUGGGGGAACAGUGAACUCAGAAGAGUAGCUGAUCCCACUGCUGUGAGAGUGUUCCCAAAGCGAGAAAUGGGGGAACGCUUCAAGGGCUCAGAGGAGUACCUAAUCCCACAGCUGUUAGGGCGCUCCCAAAGCGAGGAACUGGGGAGCAGUGAAAUAACUCAGAGGAGUACCUAACCCCACAGCUGUUAGGAUGUUCCCAAAGCAAGAAGCAGGGGAACAAUUAAUGACUCAGAGUAUGGAAUCCCACUGCUGGCAGGGUGUUCCCGAAGCAAGAGACGGGGGAACACCUGGGCAGCUGCAUUGUCCCAGGGGACCGCACUUCUCACAGCCUUUGCACAGUUUGAGUCUGCAGUUCCAAUUCUGACUUUCCUAAAGAAAAGGUGUUUAGAGCAUUUCAGGGUGAGGUGAGGUAAGUGGAGAUGUCUCACUCUCAUCCCAGUGUUGUUACUGGUGCCCUAGAAAAUCUACGGCACGAAGGGCAGUCAUCUGCAAUUUAGUGUUGCUUAGAAGAUCCUCUCUGGAGGAUUCUUACUUCGGUAGUAAGAGCUAAGUAAAGCAAGAGAAGAGGGAAAUUCUGUAGCUAAAGAAUUCCUUUUCAUGAAAAUUGCUUCUUUCCAAAGGUAAAAAAAAAAAACA